CGGGUGCAGGUCCCCCCCCCACCCCCCAGCAGAAGCCCGCCCGGGCAUGCUCAGACCGCGCAGGUCCGGGCGGCGGCGGGGGGAGGAGGGAGCGGCCGUGGCGCUGGGGCCCGGGCGGAGCUGCGCAAUCGUCUGAGCUGCGCACCGACUGGCGGCCGGAGCGGAGCCCACAAGUUGCCGGCAGCGGAGCGCCGCCUCGUCCCGCUCUUAGCCCCUGCGCCCACCGGGCUGCGGCCGGCGCCAGGACGCUCAGCCUGCAGACGCUGACCCCAGAUGUGACAGCGGGACCACAGCUCCCUCUCCUUCCGGGCGCAACCCACAGAGUCUCGCCAGUGUCUCCUCUGCCAAAACCUCCAGGGCUGGAAGAUGUGGCAGCCGGCUACUGAGCGCCUGCAGCACUUCCAGACGAUGCUGAAGUCUAAGUUGAAUGUCCUAACACUGAAAAAGGAACCUAUACCAGCAGUCCUCUUCCAUGAGCCGGAAGCCAUUGAGCUGUGCACCACCACACCCCUGAUGAAGGCAAGGACUCAUAGCGGCUGCAAGGUCACCUAUCUGGGCAAAGUCUCUACCACAGGCAUGCAGUUUUUGUCCGGCUGCACUGAGAAGCCAGUCAUCGAGCUCUGGAAGAAACACACGCUGGGCCGAGAAGACGUUUUUCCAGCCAAUGCCCUCUUAGAGAUACGGCCAUUUCAAGUGUGGCUUCAUCACCUUGAUCACAAGGGUGAGGCGACAGUGCACAUGGAUACCUUCCAGGUGGCUCGCAUUGCCUACUGCACAGCCGACCACAACGUGAGCCCCAACAUCUUUGCCUGGGUGUACAGAGAGAUCAACGAUGACCUGUCUUACCAGAUGGACUGCCAUGCAGUGCAGUGUGAGAGCAAGCUGGAGGCCAAGAAGCUGGCACACGCCAUGAUGGAGGCAUUCAAGAAGACGUUCCACAGUAUGAAGAGUGAUGGGCGGAUCCAUAGAAGCAGCUCAUCUGAAGAGGCUUCCCAGGAAUUGGAAUCUGAUGAUGGCUGAAGGAACUUAAGAUGCUCCAGUGAAGGCAGCAUUUGGGCAAGGAGUUUCCGAAGCUAGAUGUGUCUGCAAUGAUUCAAAUUUGGUACGAAAAGACUGCCGACCUAUUGGCUGAUCAUGCUUUUUAAAUUCAGAAGAGCGAUUCUAAGUCUAAAGAAACGUAUCAUUAAUUAUGUGACAUUGAAAUCUGCUGCUGCCGUGACCUUGAGGAGAGUAGGAAGUACAGAUGGGGGCACGGGGGGAAGAUUCCAGACUCUCCUCUCACUUUUUUUUUCCUCUCCUAUUCCAACACUUCCUGCUGGGAGAUCUCCACGCCUAUUUUCAGCAUUCUCAGGCAAAUACUCCGUGGCUGUAGUUUGACGGGACUGUUCCAAUCUGCCUUAUGAAAUCCAACAAGAAUGUUAGCGGCAUCUCUGUGAUCCCUAGGCGGGUGGAUGGCGUGGGGGUGGGUACUGCUGGUGUGGAGGUGGCAGGAUGGAUGGGACACGUCCAGGUGACUGACUGGUUGCUCCUCUCCCUUGGCAUGUUUGCGGACACUCUCCUCAGUCCGUGAGUCAGCACAGCUUGGAUUGAGCUUUACAACUAACGGCACGCUAGAUGGCAGUUAAUUCGCAGUUAAAGAUAAUGCUUUUUAUUUACACGAGUAUAUCAAGUAGCACCCUCCUAUUGUAUUCACUUCCUCUAUUUUCUUAGAAUUCUUGCAACUAAUGAUCAUUCUCCUCCUUCUCCCGCCACCACGUUCUUUCUCCUUUCAGCCUCCCGGAAAGGGAUGAAGGCUCAUCAUACUACAAGACUCCAAAAGGGAAGACGAUAACAAAUUAAGUAAAUACACAAUCAGCAAAACAACCAAGAAUCUCAGACAUCAGGAACCCUAGUAAAGAAGUGAAUGACUGGCCAAACUCUAUGGAGGCUUCCCUUUAGCAAGCCCUGAUAUGUAGUAACUUCCUUGGUUAUGAGUCUUGUUGAAUGACUCCUUUUGGAAAGUUUAAACUCUGACAUGGCAUUGCCCUGAAAGUCUUGCCCCAUCAUUUAAGAAAGAACUCAAGUAGGAAAUGAGUGAAAUCAAGUCAGUUUGCCUAGAGAGCCCAUGUCCUUCUGGAAACCUAAAGGGAACAUGAUCUUGUCCUGAAAGUGAUAUCUAAGAGUCCAAGUGACCCCUUUGACUAUCAGUUCUGAAGACUAAUUCUCACUGGUAACUUGACAUCUCUCAAUUUCAGGAUCUUUGCCUCUCAUAAAAAGUCAUGGAAAACAUACACAUUUGAGGUGAACAGACACAUUAUGGUGGCAAACGAUCUACUUUUUCAAGUACUAUUGCUCCUUUAAAAGGUGUGUUUUUAUUUCUGGUGAUGUCAGUGGCAAUGGGGUACCUUAGAAGCCUUAAGUGAAGCUAAUAUAAUCCAGACAGCAAUGGUGUUGGUACUUUUGGUCUGUGUACCCAUAUGCCCAUGUAUACGUUUGUCAGUGCGUGUGUGUGUGUGUGUAUGUGUGUGCGCGCAUGUGUGUGUGUGUGUGUGUGUAUGUGUGUGUGUGUGUAUGUAUGUAAGUUCCUUGUGUGGGUCCAGUUUCAAGGCAUGUACAAUAAGCAUGGAGUCGUUUUGGUGAGGACUCACCUCCUGAAGAUAUGCUUGUUGCUUUAUGAUAUAUGUAAACUAUUCUUUAGAAAAAUGCAUUCACUCUUUAAUAAAAGUAUGUUUGUGUUAAUAAAGCCAAGGUGUUUCAUACUUUAUAUGAACUUCCCUUUUUUAAGAAAUGGAAAUUUGACAUGUAAAAUAAAUCAAACUUGGUAAACAGGGCAA